AUGGCCACGAUCGAUGUCGGGGAGCAGCAGCCGACACCACCAGUAUCGCAGACGCCCAGCGAAAAGUUCUUUCGAUAUUUCCAACAUGAAGUCACAGAUCUGCAAGAGCAGAUGAGCCGCAUCCAAAAUCACGGCACAUCGGGAGGCGAACGUGCAGAUGCCGUCGACCACUGUCUUUCUGCCAUAGCGCGACUCUCCACUGAAGUCCAGGAUGCGUCGGCAUACAUUCCGGCCUACGAUCAGCGGACAUAUGGCGAUGCCAUCAAGGCCUUGAACACCAAACUGCAAGAUGUGAGAUCUUCCGUGGCACCUCGGCCGAAGUUUUCGUUCAAAUCCGGAAGACUGUUCACAGCCAAGAAGAACGAGUCUGCCAUCAGCAUAAGCGACGCUGCAGAUCUUGCUUCCCAACGGCGAUUUCAGUCAAUGCAGUCUGGAUCGUCGAACGUCUCAAGCUUUGCUACAACACCAAUCGAAGUCCCGUCUCCUGCCAACGAGCCGACCAGCAAUCCCAUUGGGAAUGGGCAAGACGGUGAUCGCCAAGAUGAUGCCGCUCCGCUUCCAAGCACAGCGGUCAACAUCAAGAAUCGCGAGCACGCACACAUUACACUCCCAUCAACCAACAUUCACACAGCCAGCUCUGGCACAGUCACGGACAUCGAGCAUUGUGUCAUCGACAUGUCCGUCCCUUCGAGCAGCAGUCCRUUUGCAGGCUUGACACUGAAGAACAUAUCCCACUCCCUCGUCAUCUGCGGGCACGUCAGUGGUGCGAUACACCUGACAAACAUCAAGAACUCCGUGGUCGUUGUUGCAAGUCGACAAUUCAGGAUGCAUGAUUCGUCAAACUGCGACAUAUAUCUGCUUACCACAUCAAGGCCAAUUAUCGAAGACUGCUCGAACGUACGGUUCGCCCCUUUGCCACAGACGUAUAUGUUGGAAGACGAUGGAAAGUCCGAGAACCAAUGGGAGAAAGUGGACGAUUUCAAGUGGCUGAGGAAUGAGCAGAGUCCAAAUUGGAGCAUUUUGGAGGCGAGAGAGAGACUGGCCGAGGAUGUCUGGAAAGUUGUUGUUCCUGAUGGUUCGGGUGCGGGUGUUGAUGACAUCUUGAAGACUUUCAAGAUCAUUGAGUGA